AUGACUAUCACAUUGGACGAUGACGCCACUAUCCUAGGGCUUCCCAUUGUAGGCAAAUCUAUUAGCGUGCGUAAGUUGUCAAAAAGGCGGGCUGUUACAUUAGUAGUUAAUACCUUGGAAAUUGAUGAGCAAGAAGUCAAACAUGAGAUGUCUACUGCUGGAGGCAAUUCAGUGAGGCUUGAGUGGUUGAGGGCACACUUUCAUAAUGUCACAGACAAUGAUUCAAUGGAAAGAAUUGCAUGUGCAGGUAGAGCAUACUUGCUAUUUUUGUUGGGUUGUACACUUUUUAGUGACAAGACUUGUACUAGGGUCCCCGUUGUUUAUUUGAGUUUGUUGUCCGAUUUGACGACUGUAUCUUCAUAUGCUUGGGGUGCUGCUGUAUUGGCAUACUUAUAUAGACAGUUGGGGUACGCUAGCAGGUCCGGCGUGAAACAAAUAGCUGGUUACAUGACACUCCUUGAGGGAUGGAUUUAUGAGCACUUUCGUGGAUUUCGACCACACUUGAAUAUGAAUUACACUCGAGACAUGCCAAAUGUUUACCGUUGGAUUUCUCGGAGAGAGUGUGGUGAAGAGACACAGUUGCAGGUUAUUUGGGACCCGUACCAGAGUUGUAGAGAUGUCCAUCCAUGUCAUCCAGUUACGUUCUACCAUGGUUGCCUAAAGUGUUUGAAAGUAGUUGAACUAUAUCACCCUGAUAGAGUGUUGAGACAGUUUGGCAGAGUGCAGACAAUCCCUAAUCCACCACUUGGCCCUAUGCAUGCUUCUCGAGGAGCCACAGCUCCACGCUACAAUGUUAUGUAUGCAUACUUGGACAUCAUUUGGGAGGCAUGGGACAACCACGUGUUAUCUGAUCCGAGGAGGAGUACAUCACAUAUGUCACAGAUAUAUCAGAUUACUCAUCCUUUCAUUGAGGCUGGCUAUGAGGACAGUGUUCAACAUCUUGAUAGGCUUUACUACGCGAUUGAUGCAAUCGAACAACUUCUUCAAGAUCAGCACAAUAGUGAAGCUGCGCCCAACACAUCCACUCAAGCAAUUGCACUUGGUUAA